AUGGCUGACCUUCCGACUUCUAGAGUCACAGUAAAUCGUCCAUUUUAUAACGUGGGUAUGGAUUAUGGAGGUCCUUUUAUAGUAAAAGAAGGGCGUCGACGCGGAGCCCGUACUCAAAAGGCAUAUUUAGCUCACUUCGUAUGUAUGGCAGUGAAGGCUGUACAUUUAGAACUCGUGACGGAUAUCUCAACAGAGGCAUUUCCAUCAGCACUCGAUCGAUUUGUAGCACACCGUGGCAUUCCCGUUAAUUUCUACACAGAUUUUGACACUAAUUAUCUGGGUGCUGCAAAACAAAUUAGGGCACUAUUUAAUAACGAAGAAUUUCGUCAAGCGUUCUCCGUCCGUGUUCCAUGUGAAUGGCAUUUUAAUCCGCCGGGAGCACCACACUUUGGCGGUAUAUGGGAAGCGACAAUCAAAAGCACAAAUACACAUUUAAAAAAGGUCAUAGGUUCACAAAUUUAUACAAUGGAAGAACUGACAACAUUUUUUGUCAGAAUUGAAGAUGUUUUAAACUCUCGACCUUUACAGCCAAUAUAUAACGACCCGAACGAUAUGGAGGCUCUCAAUCCAGGACAUUUUUUAAUUGGACAACCGAUACUAGCCUUACCAGAAGGGGACCUGACAGAUACUUCCACAAACCGUCUCAAUCGGUGGCAGCUCAUCNAUAUUUCCACAAAUCGCCUCAAUCGGUGGCAGCUCAUUCGUCAGGCCCUUCAAUCAUUUUGGCAUCGUUGGAGUCGUGAGUACUUGCAAACAUUACAAGGGCGCAAGAAAUGGUAUAAACAAACAGACAAUUUGGCCAUCGGAGAUAUGGUCGCAGUCCAUGCCCCAAUCGCGCACCAAUGUCAUGGCAACUCGGGCGCAUUACAGAAGUUCAUCCCAGUUCAGACGCGGUUGUCCGUGUCGUUACCAUCCGGACCAUCGACGGUCAUAUCAAACGACUGGUCGUAA